AUGGGUCUGUCCAAGGAGAAUCUGAAAGGUCUCGUACUGGCUUUGGUGUCAAGUGGGUUCAUUGGGGUAAGUUUCAUCAUUAAGAAGCAAGGUCUCAGAAGAGCUGCAGCAGUUUCUGGUGUCAGGGCUGGUGUUGGCGGGUAUUAUUAUCUCUUGGAGCCACUCUGGUGGGUGGGAAUGCUCACAAUGAUUGUAGGAGAGGUAGCAAACUUUGUUGCAUAUGCGUUUGCCCCAGCAGUCCUAGUUACCCCUCUUGGCGCAUUAAGUAUUAUUGUGAGUGCUAUGUUGGCUGACAUUAUUCUGAAAGAGAAGCUACAUAAUCUUGGGAUAUUGGGCUGUGUGAUGUGCAUUGCUGGUAGUAUCAUUAUUGUUAUUCAUGCUCCUAAGGAGCAACCCAUUAAUUCUGUUCUGGAAAUAUGGGAUAUGGCUACUCAACCAGCUUUUCUGGCAUAUAUGGGCUCAGUAAUAGUAUUGGUUUUCAUUCUGGUCUUCCAUUUUGCACCAAGAUGUGGGCAUACGAAUGUGCUAGUAUUUACUGGCAUUUGUUCAUUGAUGGGUUCCCUCUCUGUGAUGAGUGUUAAAGCCCUCGGAACUUCUUUGAAGUUAACUUUUGAAGGGAAAAAUCAGUUAACCUACCCAGAGACAUGGUUUUUUAUGUUAGUUGUGGUUAUAUGUGUCAUCAUGCAAAUGAAUUAUCUUAAUAAGGCUCUUGACACCUUCAACACAGCCGUUGUAUCUCCUAUAUACUAUGUCAUGUUCACAACACUUACAAUACUAGCCAGUGUAAUAAUGUUUAAGGAUUGGGAUGGCCAAAGUGGUGGAACUAUAGUGUCAGAAAUUUGUGGCUUCAUCGUUGUGCUCUCUGGAACAAUAAUGUUACACACAACCAAGGACUUUGAGAGAAGCUCUUCUUUUAGAGGUAUUGGCCCUUCCUCACCUACGCUAUCUACUCGGCUUUAUACUGGAAAUGGGGACUUGUUUGUUAAGCUAGAUGAGGAGAGUGGACCUCCUGACAGUAGUAUGUGCUCAAGAAGACAAGAAUCCUAUUAG